UUCACUGCGCUACCAAAAAAAGGGGAAAAUUUGAAGAAAUGGCUAUGGCUUUCUCUGCAUUGCUGAAGCGAACGUCGGUGAUUAACUCAGCGAUCGGCGGUUUCCAAGCAUCAAGGGCAUUCGCGUCGGUUGCAGUGGGCUCGGACUUGAUUUCGGCCGCAUCGGAUGUUUCCCUCCAGAGAGCUCGCUCUUGGGACGAAGGCGUGUCAUCCAAAUUCGCCACCACUCCACUCACAGACAUUUUCAAGGGCAAGAAAGUUGUUAUCUUUGGGCUUCCGGGAGCAUACACUGGAGUGUGUUCGGCACAACAUGUCCCUAGCUACAAUAGAAAUAUCGACAGCUUCAAGAUGAAAGGAAUUGAUUCGGUUAUAUGUGUAGCUGUCAACGAUCCCUAUACAAUCAACGCCUGGGCUGAAAAACUUCAAGCUAAAGAAGCUAUUGAAUUUUAUGGAGAUUUCGAUGGGAGCUUCCACAAGAAGCUUGACUUGAUGAUAGAUCUAUCCGCUGCAUUACUGGGACCUCGAUCCCACAGGUGGUCGGCUUAUGUGGAUGACGGCAAGAUUAAAGCUCUGAACAUCGAGAAAGCUCCUUCCGAGUUCGACGUUUCUAGUGGCGACGUCAUCCUCCAACAGAUCUAAGGCAGUUGUUAAUUGUUGGACUUCAGAUUUUGCCACAUAUUUUAUAUGUGCAUUGUUUACUCAUUCUCAAUAAGGAUGUCAAAUUACUAAAAUUUGAUGCAUUGCUUUUUGCUAUAAAUGGACUUAACAGUGCAAAUUAUCUGAAAAACCAUGAAUUUUGGUAA